AUGGCGACUCGCUCGCGCCGCCGUCCGCCUGUCUUCGAGAGCCAGUCCUGUAGUGGUUCUUGUGACACACCUUUUUCUUCUUCCAUAGAAUGGGACACUCAGGUGGUGAAAGGGUUCUCCCUUCUCGACUCCUCCGGGUCUAAGUUGAAGGCGUCAUCUGUCGACCUGCGGCUGCCUCCGUGGUUGGAGCCGGAGAGAUGUGCCGUGUUUCACUGCGCACGUUGCUUCGCGGUGCUCGGUGACACCGUGCACCUCGCCUGGGACCUGUCGAAGUCCCUCGGCGCCCUGGCCUUCUCCAGAGUCACAAACAACGUCGUUUUGUUAGAGCCCUUUUUGGUUGGCAUAGAAGGUUCUCUCAAAUCCAGCACAUACAACCUUUUAUUCUGUAAUUCCUGUGAGACUCCUGUUGGUUUCCAUUUAUAUUCUACCCAUGCUGCUCUGGCUGCCUUGAGAGGCCAUUUCUGCCUUUCUUGUGAUAAAAUACUGUGCUAUCUGUUAAAAACAAAGGCCAUAAUAAAUACAUCUGAAAUGGAUAUUCACAAUGUACAUUUACCAGAAAAGAUUGCAGAGCUGAAAGAGAAGAUAGUGCUAAUGCAUACUCGUUUAAACUCACUGAUGAAGGUUCUGAAGGAAGAGACUCCUCACCAGUCUCACCAAGAAAACUGA